AUGGAGCUUGAUAAUUUUUUUAUUGAUUUGAAAGAUAAGUUUGACGUUGCGAUGCUGCGUGACGAUCUAGUUUACAUGGGGGACAGCGUUCAGCAUUAUAAAAUUCAAGAGGACGUGAAUGGAGAGUCGAUUGCAUUUGAUAUUACUUUGCUUAAAAGCCUCGAACAUAGACCGGAACAGGGCUCAAUUGAUGCAAAUCCCUUCAUUCGACCGGAGCCGGAACUCACUGUCAGAAAUUCUUUUGGAUACCAUGAAGAAUUCAGAAUAGUUUUGAAUAAAUUUCCCAUUGUUAAAAAUCAUUUCAUGCUAACAACAAAAGAAUUUGUUUCUCAAGACACACCACUCUCUCCAUCGGAGCUAUUAGCAGCAUUCACUUUGCUUGCAAAGUUGCACGAGGAAGACAAGGACUCGCAAUGGUUUUCUUUUUACAAUUGCGGACCACAAAGUGGAGCAUCGCAACCCCACAAACAUAUUCAGUUCAUGACACUUCCCGAUAAGUACGUCCCUUUCUGUCUUGAUUUGCUUGAGAACACAAACCGAUCCUCUCGAGCUCUGCAAGGCGUCGCUUUUCAAGUUCCACACGUUCCUUUUGCUCACUAUGUUGUAGCUCUUCCAGAAGAAAAACAAGUGAACGAGAGCAUAUUGCUGAUGGCGUUUUCCCUGCUUCUUCUGAAAGCUUUGAGCGUGUCAGAAGAGCAUUGUGAAAUGAGCUACAACUUUUGCAUGACAACUAAACAUAUGAUGAUGAUUCCUCGUCGAAAAGCCAAGUUCAAGAACUUGAUCGGUAUUAAUUCAUGUGGCUACAUGGGAUUGAUUCUUUGCAAGAACAGUGACAUUUUUGAACAUGUCAGAAGAAUUGGAGUUCUUCGAAUACUUGCAAAGGUCGUGACCCCACUUGCUAAAACAUUUGUGGCCUACGCAGGCUACAGAGAAAUGGGUUUAAAAUUCAAUGAUUUAAUCGCCGAAGAGAAUCCCAUUGCUCAGAAGGCUAUCGCAAGGCUUCCAGAGGAUGAGAGCUAUGCAAGAAAUUUCAGGAUUAUAACAGCCCAUCAAUGUGCUUUAUCACAUCAGUUGCUCCCAGCUAACAAGGUCGUAAAACCUGAAGAAGACACGCACUAUUUGAUUCCAUACCUUUUGGAAGCUGAAAAGGAAGCCUUAGAGAAAAAAGAAUUGGAUAACAUUCAAAUUUGA